UCACGUGGUGUGUGGGUGUGGGCACAGUAUAAGUACAGUUCAGGAAGAAACACACAGACACACACUGAACACCACACAGCGAGAUGAUCCACCUCUGAUUGUUAUCCACGGAUCAUCUACAGGGACAAGCACAAGAUGGCCCAGUGGCAGCAGCUGCUCAAGCUGAACUUACUCCAGGGCGGCUUGGCUCAACUGUACGAGAGGAAAUUCCCCCGACACAUUCGCCACUCCCUCUGCUUCUGCAUAGAGAGCCAGGACUGGGAUUCAGCAGCUGUGGAUAAAAACAAAGCAGGCGCGUGUUUCCGUGCACUCCUGCAGUAUUUGGAACAGCAGUGGAACCGCUUUGCUCAGGAGAGCAACAUUUUGCAUGGCCCUGAUUUUCCAGGGAUGAAGGACUACUUGCUGGCACACUUUCGAGAUGAGCCACGGAACCUGGCCAUAAUCCUCUCUGAAUGUUUACGAGAGGAAAAGAAAAUCCUGGCUUCCGCUUCUCCAGAACAGGGUUGUGAAAGUGCAGCUGUGGAACACAAGCUGACAGAGUUGGACAACGGAGUGAAUGAGCUGAAACAGCAGACUUUGGAGCUAAAGAAGGAGAUAAAGUCACUGGAGGACAUGUAUGAAAACUACGACUACUUAGAGAAAACCUGGCAAAGCAAAGAGGAACAGUGUGUGGGGUUGGCCCAGUCCCACGCUGCUGGGAGAGGGGAGUGUCUGAACCAGGCCAAUUUUAUCCUACAAAAAGAACAGACGGUGCUUCUGGAAAUAGUGAACGUUUUAAAACGGGCAGAGCAGACGGUGGCAGCUCUCACUGAAGUCGAGCUGCCUGAGUGGAAGCGCCGACAGCAGAUGUCCUGCAUUGGAAGUCCGGUCGACACCAGUCUGGACCACCUCCAGAAGUGGUUCACCACUGUGGCAGAGGUGCUGCUACAGGUUCGCCAGCAGCUGCAGAAACUACAAGACCACAACAAGAAGUACAACGGCACUGAUGCCUCCAGCCUCCUGGGAGCACACGAGGAGCUCACACUGUCCUUGCUCACGUUGCUUCUUGCAAACGCUCUAGUGGUGGAGAAACAACCUGUGAUGUCGAGUACACCACAACGACCUCUGAUAGUGAAGACUGGAGUACGGUUCUCAGCGACAGUUCGGUUCUUGGCAAACCUCCCUGAAUUCAAGGGCCUGCUCAAAGUCAAAGCUGUGUUUGACAAGGAUGUUGAAGAAAUCUUGACCAUCAAUCGGCUCCGUCAGUUUCGUUUCCUCAGAGACGUCACUAAGGUUUUGGAUGUGGACGAACCUGGUGGAGACUUGGUGGCAGAAUUUGCUCACAUGUCACUCAAGGAAAGCAGAGUAAAACGUGAGAGUCGAGUGAUCGUGACGGAGGAACUCCACAUCGUUAAGUUCGUGACAGAGUUUCAGUUCGCUGGACUCGGGUGUAACAUCGAGGCCAGCUCGCUGCCGGUGGUUGUCGUCUCCAGCAGUAAUCAGAUGCCGGCUGCCUGGGCCUCGGUCAUGUGGUGCAAUGUGUUGUCCAGCAGCGAACCGAGGAACCUGUUGUUGUUCCUGGAGCCCCCCCCCCUCGCCUGGCAGCAGCUGUCCCAGGUUCUGAGCUGGCAGUUCUUGUCCGUUGGCCAACGAGGACUCGAUGAAAACCAGCUCUCUAUGCUCCGGGACAGAAUUGUGGAUGCUCCUGAAGGUCUCGUUCAUUGGGACCGAUUCAAGAAUGAAAGUACCUGGACUUGGAUCGAUGGAAUCCUGGAUUUGAUCAAGAGACACUUGGUGGAUCUUUGGCGUGACGGGCACAUCAUGGGGUUCGUGAGCAGGAAGAGAACAAAUGUGCUGCUGCGGGCAAAACCGACCGGGACCUUUCUGCUCCGCUUCAGCGAGAGCAACAAGGAAGGAGCCAUCACGUUCAGCUGGGUCGACCACGCCAAAGGUGAGCCCCAACUGCAUGCGGUGGAUCCCUACACCAAGGAUGAUCUGUCCAAAAUGUCCAUGCCAGACUCGAUUUGCCGCUACAGUGUGAAAGAGGAGGGGAACCCGACCAGGAAUCCGCUGCUCUAUCUUUACCCAGACAUCCACAGAGACGCUGCCUUUGGACUCAGCGGGACCAACUUUUCUGCACAAACAAACGGAUAUAUUGGGAGGACACUCGUCCCCACCUCAGUCUUUCCUACACCACCUUCAUCUCCGCAGCUGCAGAUGGAAGUCGACCCAGAAUCCAGUGCAGAGGAACCUUGGCGGGCUCAGGAACUCUUUCAUCAUCAACUAGAUGUACCUGGAUCUCCUGUCUGGUCUCCUCCAGCUGCUCCGUCGACUGAGGUCAACUUCUAUGAUCCUUGUCUCAACAUCUGAAAAGGGGCUGGCGUCCAGAGGCAAAAAGUUAUUGUUGCUACACAAUGAUUUUACUCUAAAUCUUUUACUUUAAAUAUAGAUUUGAUUCUACUCGUACAAUGACCAAAGUGUGAAGUACGAGCAUUUUACUGUAUAUGUACAUACAAACGUAAAUGAUGACUCAAUUAACUGGGCGGCUUAAAGAUCUUGGUAAAUGGUAAAUGUAUAUAAUACCCAAUGAUAAGAUGCUGGCUAAUGUAUUUUAUUAUGUUGAAUAUUUGCACCAACUUUGUGCCUCAGGUUUCUGAAGCUGUUGAGCAAAUGAUGAUGAUGAUGAUAAAUGAUGGUGAUGACAAAUGAUGAUGAUAAAUGAUGAUGCUGUACUACCAACGUUUAUUACUUUUGUUUGUUAAAAUAGAUAUUUGAUUGCA